CCCAGACCACAGUCUACAUUCACACCUUACUUCAGUAGAAACAGCAUCUCAAGCAGCACCACGUCGACAUCAUCUCAACUCACUCCCCUCCCCUUCCCCUGAUCUUUCUGAUCCCUCUUGACGACCAUGGCUGAUCCCGCUCCCCCGACCCUCGGCAUCGCCUUACCCCCUACUUCUGUCCUCAAGAUCAGAGAUGCUUGUCUCCCCUGUCGUAAACAGCGCUCCAAAUGUGACGGACAGCCCUGCUGUUCAAGGUGUGCUCGUCUCGAACUUGAAUGCACAUAUGUCGAACUCGUCAAGGCGCCCACGCCCGCCAAGAAGGAACCCUGGCAAGAGUUCCUUACCACAACAGGCGCCAAACCAGAGGCAUUAGAAAUCCCACCCAUCGAGCUACUCAAGGACCAGACCGCACCCCUCCAGGAUGCCUCGACCUUCCCCUGGCAAAAAUCAAAAAUGAGCAGGCGCAGGAAGCAGACCUCGACCGCCAAAAAGUGCACCUGUCCGGGGCCCCCACCAACAACGACCGAUCCUGCUGGUCAGGAUCCCUCCAAUACGCAGGGAUCAUCUCCCGCUUCUCCAGCUCAAGGACAGGAUGGCGCCACAUCCAAUGAUCCUUCAGAUUCAUCAGCAGCGGCUUCCCUAGCACUCUCAACUGCACAAUCAUCAACAUCAUCGCCAACAGGAGCAUUCAAACGCAGGGGACAAUCGACAAUAGGCCCGUGCCGAGUGCACAAUCCACAAGCUUCCUCAAAGUCUGCCCGAUCUGUCACACCUGGACAAUUAUCACCCGCAAUUCUGGGUGGUACUGGUAGCUCGAGCGUCGUCGGCAGCUCCGCCAGCCUUCGACAUCGUCCGCCUCAGUCAACCGAGCCAAUACAGCUGCCCUCAUCUGUGAUUGAGACCUCCGAGAAAAUCAAUAGCCUGAGCCAGAAACUCUCUCGGCUUUUUGUAUUCCCAGAUAUGCACCAAGCGCCACAAGCGCCUCCACCACAGCUCGAAAUCCUGCAAUCGCGUGCGCUUUCUCCAGUACUCCAAUCGCAUCUUAUUCAGCUCUAUCUCGCCCAAUGUUUACCCAGCCAACCCAUCCUGGAUGCACCGACGUUCCUGACUCAGCUGGCAGCACAGGAGUACUGCGCACCUCCGCAUCCGCUCAUUAUCGCCGCCAUGUGCGCGGCUGCAGCGAGAUGCAUCGACGACGCGGAUGUUGAACGCCUAUGGGCGGAGCAGGACCCACCACUGCCUAACCCUAUUUAUCCCAGUUUUGCAAACGGAGAGCCCCAUGUGCGCGCAACAAGGGAUAUGAUCUGGUCUAUUGGAGAGUAUUUUGCAGCCCUCGCCAAGGGAUAUCUCAGGACGCAACUGCCGCUUGUACAAUCACCUGAUCGCUCAGGAGGGAUGGGAGACCCAUUGACGGUGGUGCAGGGACUGAUCAUGAUUUCUACAUGGGAUGCUUCUGUGGGCCGUCAGCGCGAAGCCCAGGCUUGCGCCGCUCUCGCCCUUCGAAUUAUGAUCGCAGGAGGUUGGCACUUGAUGGAUCAUCCCAGCGGCGACGGAUGCACAGACAGUAGGAUCAAGAUGUGGGGCACGCUGGAACGCGAGCUGGCUCGCCGUUGCUGGUGGUUUGUUUGGAUCGCGGAAAAGUGGACUGCCGCCAUUUUGACACAAUACGUGACAUUACAUCUCUCGCUGUGCGAGACAUUAUCGCUUCCACGGGAGUUUCGAUUCGGAGACGUUAAUGAUCAAAGAACUGUACUCUACUUUCAACAAUCGAUCCAGGCAGCCUACCUAUGUGGGGCCAUUAUUCAAUUGCACUAUCACCCGUUCGAAGCAGAGGAUGGCACAGAUUAUGACCAUGAGGCCAGCAUGCACGAUGUUCAACUUCUGGAACAGCGCUUGCUUGAGAUCGACCAGCAUCUGGAAACAUGGUCCAACGCCAUUCCGGCAAUAUUCAAACCGGACUGGGGUCAGGCAACUGAUGGCGAUACCACGACUGGAUAUGAGCCUGUGGGUUCAACGCAGUUUUUUCACGCAGGAGGGGAUUGGUGGUGGCGCCAUGCGAUGGGUGGCAUGCUCGAGCUGAACUACCUUGGACUUAAGCUGUUGCUUCAUCAACCCCAACAUGUGUUCUCAAAGGCACCGUCGCCGCUGUCUCGGUUGACGCUGGCUCAGUUCGCCAAUAAAAUUACAUUGACGUGCGAACGGCUAUGGCAAUACCCCACGACCCGACCAACGUUUUACCAUAUGGCAGGCGCUCUCCUUUGGAUGGCGCUUUGUUAUCAGCAGGAGAACACGCUUAGCGAGAACCCCAGAAUCCGUACGCCCGCGUGCUUGAACAUGCAAAAGAGUUAUUAUCUCAUCAAGAAAGCAGGUCGGCUGGUCCACGCAAACGAAGAUGAGCCCUUGACAGAACUCGAAAGUACAAGUGGUUCAACGCAUGUAAAGAAUGUGCCAUUUUUGCGCCCCAAGGACGAACAGCAGGUCAAGCCCAUGAUGGAGCUGUUUAAGGAAAUGUUCCCGAUAACGCGUCAGGCAUUGCGCGACAAGGGCUUCGGUCUACGGACGCAGCCUAGCGCCACAUCCAGGGUCUCGUCCAGCAUGUUGAUUCAGAACCCGAACAGCUCUACCACUAUCGGCACCAUCACUGCAUCUGUAGACUCCAUCGGCCCAGCAUCAGCAACGGCGUCGAUUUCUGCAGGUGCAGCAUCGGUGAUGGGCAUUAGCUCAUGCUCCGCAUCGAGUUAUUAUCUUGCUCCGUUGACGCCUCCUGGAACGUCGAGCGCAUCGAUUGCUUCGCCCAUGACCGAGUCGAUGGGAUCAGCGCCGUCGCCUUCUCCGCCGCCUUGUGCACAGGUGCCCUGCGCUGCUGUUGGCGGGUGUACUAUGGCUCAUGUGGAUGCAUCUCAGAUGUAUCCAACAGCCUUGGACCACAGCUUACAGCAGAUACAGCAACAUCAACAACAGCAUCAGUAUCAGCAUCAGCAAUCACAGCAACAAUAUCAGCAGCAGUGCCAACAUCCACAGCAACAGAAACAGCAGCAACAACACCAGCAGCAAGUUGGUUUGUUUAAUCCCCAUGUGCCUCUGGGUCAAAUUCACUUUGAUCAUACCCAGGUACAACAUAUCCAUCAGCACCAAGAACAACAUCAACAAGCAUACCCAGUACAUCCUCAACAGCAGCCGCAACAGCAGCAAAAGUCUAUACAUCAUCGUCCACUACAGCGACAUAAUUCAUAUACACAACCAUCACAACAACAAGGUGGUCUAUCAUCCCCAGGUCAACAGCAGUUCCAGUUGACACAGGGACUGCAGCCGUCGUCACCGGUCACUCAGCACCAACAACAGCAGAUGCCUCAGCAUGUUCCUAUGGCCAGUUUGACGGACCCGUUAAACUCCAUGAUCAAUAUGAGCUCGGAUCCCUUCAGCUCCAUCAUUCAGAACGAGCCCAAUGUCCUGUCGUCGCUGAUAGAUUAUUCCGAGUGGUUGAACCAUUCCUUGGAGUAGUACGUAUAGGCACAGGUAGCUAUUAUUCAAAUAAAAGAGGUUCUCUUUC